AUGGCUUUGUCUGUUGGGGAAGCAGGACAUGAGACACAGCCGGUGGAGGAAAUGCUCGAGGACACUCAACCAGUUGAGGAAGUAACUCAGGAGGCACAGUUGGUGGAGGAGAAGCAUGAUGACAUUCAGUCUGUUGAGGAAGCAGGACAUGAGACACAACCGGUGGAGGAAAUGCUCAAGGACACUCAACCGGUGGAGGAAAUGCUCGAGGACACUCAACUGGUGGAGGAGAAGCAUGAUGACAUUCAGUCUGUUGAGGAAGUAGAACACGAUACACAACCGGUGGAAGAAAUGCUCGAGGACACUCAACUGGUUAAGGAAGUAACUCAGGAGGCACAACUGGUGGAGGAGAAGCAUGAUCACAUUCAGUGUGUUGAGGAAGUAGGACAUGAGACACAACCGGUGGAGGAAAUGCUCGAGGACACUCAACUGGUGGAGGAGGAGCAUGAUGACAUUCAGUCUGUUGAGGAAGUAGAACACGAUACACAACCGGUGGAAGAAAUGCUCGAGGACAGUCAGCCAGUUGAGGAAAUGGCACAGGCAGUGGAGCAAAGUCCCGAGGAAAAGGAAAAUUUACAAACCGCAGAUGGUGUUUUUGGCCAAGAAUUUCCUGAAAGAGAAGCAGUGCAACAAGAGAAGCAAUCAGAUGAGGGCAUAGCUUCAGAGCAGCAUCCCUAUGCAGUCGAGCAAGUUGAAGAGGCACAACAUGAUUCUCAAUCACAUGCAAUGCCACAGGAAGAAGCUGCGUUUACGAUCUCUCAAGAAGGUCACCACGUUGACGUCCUUCUCCAGGAAGGCCACCACCUUGAAGCAUCUUCGCAGGAGUUUCCACUUAUCACCAUUGGAGAUGGGUUUUCAGACUUUGAGCUUUACAUCUCUGAGAUUGCCUUCUGUGCUGAAGGAAAUAACCCGAAAGGAUCUCUGUGGGAAAAGUUUUUGCCUCAGCCCUUAAAGGAUUUAUCAAUACGAGUGGAUCAUCGGAAUCUAUUACAAGAGUUAGCUUUCUGA